AUGGUUAAAUUCAAUAAAGGAUCUCAAACUUACCCUCACAAUGUCUAAAGCAACACAUGUAUAAUAAUUUUUGAAUUUAGAAUCUCAAGACAGUAUAGAAAGUCCUAAUUAGUGUGUAAUAACAAUUCAAAAAGAAGGUCAUCAUUAAGAAAAUUGUACCAUUUGCUAUAAAAAACUUUGCUCUAAAUGUUUUAGAUAAUUAGAACUCUUCUCUUCUAAAGAAACUAAAACUUUUUAAUGUCCACAUUGCGAAGAAUUAAGGGAAUUAAAAAAUACUAUACUAUACUUCAUAGUAAAUGUUCUCUAACUAAUAAUAUUCCUUUCUCUUUCACCUAUUGUGGCAUUUGCACUUGCACUUAAUAAAACUGAAAAGCUUAUUUAAGAAAUAGAAACGAAAGUUGAUAGCAUUUUUGUUAUUUUAAUUGUUAACUUGUUUUUCAGCAUACCUAUUUAUAUUGGAGAGCUUAUAAUUUGUAUUUUCAUAGCUCCUUUCAAGAUUUUCCUUGGAUUUCAAAAAGCCAUGAAUCAAAGAGACUUUGUAAUCAUGAAAAGAGUGUUCUCAUAAUAAUGA